AUGUCUGGCACUGAACUGAGCGAUAUAUACCAAUGGUCUCAAACACCCUAUUUAGCAUGGCUUAAUGGUGCCAUGUUGAUAACUACUCCAGUAGUGUCUCCGGCCACUCAAACACCAGUGUCCGUUAUGGCUCAGAAACAAUCGAUGUUUUCAGCUUUCACUAGACCUAGAUACUUUGGACCUACAAAGACGCUUUCCUUAAUGUUUGGUUUAGCUAAUGCCAUCGGUGGAUUUAUGAUUUACGAUGGGGACUUAGAAUCAGGAACUGGUUUCUUGGCUGCAUGGAACUCUUUAUACUUGUUAGUUGGUGGCCGUGGAUCUGUUAAGGCAUUGCGUUAUGGUAAGGUUUGGCCUUUGCUGUUGACGACCGUUUCUGCCAGUAGCGCUGCAUUGUAUGGUAGAAAGGUUUGUUGCAUCGGGAUUCCAAUAGACGGAAUCAGACAUAUCAAAAAGCGCACCAUGACGCUUUUUUUUUUAAGAAUGAGGAUUUUUUAG